AUGCUUUCUGAUCCAAAAGCCAAGGAAAUUAUCAGAGCUCUGCAAACGCACGCCUCCAGCAAGUGUCCGGAUGAACAGCUGUUUGCUACGCUCGCCUACAACCCUCAUCUUGGCGCGCCCGGAGCCUGCCUACGUGUUCAUGAGCGCGAUGAUGAGGGUGUGGAUGUUAGCCGUGUUCAAAAUCUCAUCAGGUAUAAGAAAUGGAAUGGUAAAGACUGCCCUACGAAAACCCGACGAAGCAUUUGUAUUCUCGGAUCAAUGAGUCUUUCCAGUUUGAAGCAGGCGCAAGAGCUUUUUGCGAACAAAUUCCACGAAGACUAUUAUCCCGAGGGUUACGACUGCCUAGAACUCUACCUCUUUGAGCGAACUUACAAUCCUCAACCAUUCGACACAACACCCUAUGCAAGUUUGUACUGCUCGCAGGAACACUUGUGA